AUGGGGACAGGACAGCACAGGAGGGUGCAGCAUUAUCUGCUGGUCUUGGCCAUAACCUGGGGUGCCAGCAUCUUCCCCUCACCAGCCCCAGGCUUUGCAGAGCCUUUCCCUGGCCCCCGCAGGAUCGCGCUGCGGAGGAUGCCCUCCAUCCGCCAAACGCUGCAGGAGAUGGGGGUGAAGGUGUCCGAGGUCUUUCCCGAGCUGAACAGAGCAGCAGCCGCCGCUUUGUGAUCGGCCCCGGAACGGGACGGCUCCACCCUCCUCACAAACUACCUGGACACCCAGUAUUUUGGUGAGAUCAGCAUCGGUACCCCUCCCCAGACCUUCAAGGUGGUCUUUGACACCGGCUCAGCCAACCUGUGGGUGCCAUCCUACAAGUGCUCUCCCCUCUAUAGUGCCUGCGCUUCCCACAGCCGCUACGACUCCUCCAAGUCACGGACCUACAUUUCCAACGGCACCGGCUUCGCCAUCCGCUACGGGACCGGCAGUGUCAAAGGUUUUCUCAGCCAGGACAUCGUCAUGGUGUCAGACAUUCCCAUCAUCCAGGUUUUUGCCGAGGCCACAGCGCUGCCCGCCUUCCCCUUCAUCUUUGCCAGGUUUGACGUGCUGGGGAUGGGCUACCCCAGCCAAGCCAUCGAUGGCAUCACGCCCGUCUUUGAUCGGAUCCUCUCCCAGCAGAUCCUCAAGGAGGAUGUGUUUUCUGUCUACUACAGCCGAGCUUCGAAGAAUGCUCCUCUGAAACCUGGGGGUGAAAUAAUCCUGGGAGGCAGCGAUCCAUCUUAUUACACCGGGGAUUUUCACUACUUGAAUAUCAGCAAGAAUGGCUACUGGCAGAUCAGCAUGAAGGGUGAGGGCAGGGGGCCUGAAACUCUGUUCUGCAAGGAAGGUUGUUUGGUGGCCAUCGACACAGGAGCAUCCUACAUCACCGGCCCUGGCCCUGUCUCCGUGUUGAUGAAAGCCCUUGGGGCGGCAGAAAUGGCAGAAGGAGAGUACGUGGUAGACUGUGACCGAGUUCCUCAGCUGGCCCAACAUUCCUUCCACCUGGGUGGGAAGGUCUAUGUGCUCAGUGGCUCAGCCUACACCCUCCGGCAAUCCCAGUACGGGGAAGAUGUUUGUGUGGUGGCUUUCUCAGGGCUGGACAUCCCCCCUCCAGCUGGUCCCCUCUGGAUCCUGGGUGCCAGCUUCAUCGGUAUUACUACACCCAAGUUUUGACCGGCGCAACAACCGCUUGGCUUUGCCACAGCCCUCUGAUGGCUGGGGAGAGAGAUGGGGACCCAGCCUGGAGGCCAGAGCAGCAAGGAGCAGAAAUGAAAGUAACAAACAGGAACAGCGUUUCCUACAGCUCAGCCACCUCCUCCCUGCACAGAAGCAACUGCAAAACCUCUCCUUCUCCCACUCCAAAACCCCCGCGCUGCUUCCCGAGAAGUCUCUGCUGGCUUGGGGGGAGCUGAGCUUUCAUGCAGCAGGGAGAGUGUUCAGGCUGAAUCAAAGCAGGAUCCUGUGCCUGGAGUUGCACCUUCAGGGACCUCUAGGGUGAUGUGCAAUAGAGCACCUGGUGGGCAGUGGCUGCUGGCCUGAAGAUGUUCACAGGUUGCAGACAGACGGAGCAGGGAUGAGCUGUUACAGUUUGUGUUGUUCUUUGGUUGAGAAAAACAAUCCAGCUGCAUUUAAUGACACUUUUAGCUAGCGUUAACC